AGUAUAAAAAAAAAGGGAGUAUAGCCGGGCAAAAUGGAGUCUAUGUUGACUAGGAUUAUACAGUAACAAACUAGUAAUAGAUAUGACACCGAGAGUUAUCUAUUGCUUCCGCGUAACAGCUAUCUUGUUAAUAGUCGUAUUACUAGUAAUUUUAAUCUGUAAGGAAUGGCGAAGCCAAGUGAUUGGGGAGCGAUUGGGAAAUCGGAAAAGUACGGCUUAUGUAGACCAAUGGAAUUACAAUUGGGAUUUGAAAAGUGAACAGAAGAAAACCGGUAAGAAAGCAUCGGUAACCAGAAACGUGUUCCUCGUCAGACAUGGUCAAUUCGAUAAAGAAACCGGUAGACUGACGGAUUUGGGCAGGCAACAAGCCAAUCUAACUGCCAGGAGAUUGAAAGACAUUAAACAUCCUUUCAGCAAUAUUUAUUAUUCCUCAAUGCCCCGAGCCGAAGAAACGGCUAAAAUCAUUCAUCAGACGCUUAAUUGGGCCAAAGCGGAAGCUGACGAUGGACUUAGGGAAGGAGGACCCGUAGAACCAAUUCCCAGAUUAACUCAUUUUAAAAUGAGCGAACGUUCUUAUCACAUUGACGGCCCAAGAAUGGAGUCCACUUUUCGAAAGUAUUUCUACCGACAUGAAAACUCAAUGAAAUUUCAAACCUACGACUUGUUGGUAGCUCACGGCAAUAUUGUUCGAUUUUUACUUUUAAGGGCUCUUCAAUUGCCACCUGCUGCCUGGAUGAGAAUUGCUUUGACUCAUUGUUCAAUAACGUGGAUUAUGUGCCACCCGGAUGGAACCGUUUCGGCUUUCCUGGUUGGCGAUUCUGGUCAUCUACCUAAGCACCUCGUGACUUUUUAAGGACCUUUUAUAAUCUACUUUAUUUUUUCCAUUUAGUUUUUAUUCAAUUUAAUCAAUUCAUUAAAUAAAAAGCUGAAAUUAGAUGAUUAUAAAACCGUUCUAGGUAUAUAUUAAUCAAGGGAGUGAAAUGCAUAUGGCUUCAUCUUUAGAAGAAAUGGAAGAAGUGGAAAGAGAUAGAAUGACAUAUAUGUACUUGUAUAUCUAUCUAUCUAUAUAUAUAUAUAAAUUUAUAUAUAUUUAUACAUACUGUAUAAAUUUAUAUAUGUAUAUAGUAGAGAGAGAGAAAAUUGAGAGUUAGUUAAGGAAACAGAAUACGCUACUGCCAUCUAUAUCAUUAUUUCAUUGUAAUAAAUAAAUCUCCAUUCACAUGAUUGUCCAAGGCUAAACGUUCUAGUCUAUUUUUUUCACUCUGAUAAUCUUUAUCCCUUCUUAACAUGUAAACUCUUUUUCUGUAAGACGCUAACAGAACAUAGGCUGAAAAUACUACGUGAUCCAUAACGAAAAAAGUAGCUAGAGCAUAGAGGAAAUACUUGUCAGCUUUAUCUUGUAUACUCUUAUUGGUUAUUAGCGAAAUACAUGUAGUGUGUAUAGACUGCACGACAAGAAUCAUCAUGUUAAUGAGUAUAUAAAUAUCCAAACUCGUCAAAUAAGAGAUCGUUGGUAAUGAUCUAGAGACAACCAUCUUGAAAGCUACAGACGUUAGGAGAAGUGUGAGAGUUAUACCCAACCUAUCUUUUGGACUUUCCUUAUCUACUGUAAAACUACAAAACGUCAAAGAUGUUAUACAAAACAUAAUGAGGGCAACAUUCCAGAAAAAAUAGCCGGCCUUUCGGGCUACGUGACAGGUCAACGUAAUUUUGGACCUCGUAAAUUUCUUCGAAUUCAUUUCCUGCGUAUUUAGUUCGCUCUCUUGCGAGUCGACAUGCUCAAAAAGCGUCCAUUCGUGCGAAUCGCCGAACUCGGAAACGUCGCACGAACUUAAAAUAAACGCAUCUUUUAUUAAUUUCACUUUAGAGGCAGGGUGCUCGCUAGUUACAUGGAUCGAUAAUUCUUGAACGUCAACUGGAAAAUCCCUCAAUUCUAGAUUCUCUUUAAAAUCUCCUUUUAAUCUCAUUCUUUGACUGCAGACCGCAUACUCAGAUCCUGCUUUAGCGACUGUCCAUUCGUCGCUGCGUUCCAAAUCACCCAGGACAUUCGUUACUUUUAUUCUCGGAUGCCAUUGUCGCUUCCAAUUUAGACGAUCUAAUUCAUUCUGGGAGUACCCUGCUAGGUUCGCUUCAGCCCAUUGAGCCUAUUACGAGUAGAAUACAGAGCUUUUUAACUCUAAGGUAAGAUAAUUUUAGUAAACUAGUAACUUAUACUUGGAUAAAGACGUCGGCAGAAUACUUUUGGGAAAUGGUAUCGAUAUCGUUAAUUCUAACGAACACGCAACGAACUUGCACUUGUAUACUUUCUUCUCUUUCUUCUUGCAAUAUAUCAUCUUCCUCCUUCUAAUAAAAAGAUGGAAAAAGCAAAAAGAGAACUAAUUAAUACUUUUUCCUUCUAUAAUUCAAUAAUUAUGCUCUUACUUGUUUACUUAUUAACUUUACCAAAUCUCCAAGUAACCUGAUCGCCUUAGUAUUUUCGUCUAUGCAAUUCCUUAAUGAACUUUCAUCAACUGUCAAACUCAUUUUUAGUCAAGCACUAUUCCCUUUUGUUCUUCCCUUUUUCAGACUGUCUUUUAUUGAAAGUGUUUAGUUGACGGAUUGCUACCAUAACGACGUGAGAAAAUUACUAGAUCAUCGAAAAAUUGAACAUAGGAUUAGUAAUAAAGAAAUUUUCAGAAUGUACUUAUAUAAACUAGUAAAAUGUUCAUUGACCGACAGUCCUUCAAUCAUUUCUAUAAUAAGCUCUAUAUUCAAAUUCUAAGAGAAUCAUUAUAAUACUCCUAUUUUUUUUUCAUUCUCCCCUUGUAGGCCUAUUGUAAAUAAACGAGAAUAAAUAAAUUUAGUUUUUCUCAUUUCACACCUUGUAAAGGUCGAUAUUUUUUUUAGUAAAGACUAUUUUAUCAUCACUCUUUUAAAGAUUAUUAUACUUAUACAAAGCUAUCGCUAUCUCAAUUUUCCCCAUCCUUUUUUUCUUCUCUCUUUUCCACCUUUUCACUUAUUG